AUGUCGAGGGGGAUUCGAUUUCUCUCUUCUCUUCGAAGAAGUGAUCCUAGGUUCUUUACCUCUAGCAAUCAUAGCAAUAAUCCUGCCUUGGCGAAUACGGCAUCUUUUUCGAAAGUCUCGCAGAGUGGUGCCUUCUGCCUUGGAGUACGCGAAAUUGGGAUUGUGCAGUUGGGCUUAACGACACAAUGGGCACGCCCGUCAGUCUCAGCCUUGCGGACCGAUGCCUCUAUUGCUGUCAACGCCGUCUUGACCUCCGCCUUCUUCCUACUUAGCCUCCUCUCGUACGCCGAACACAACUUCUCUACCCCACCAUCCUUCCUCCUCAAUGUCUACCUUUUUAUCACUCUUCUUUUCGACAUAGCAAAAACGAGGACGCUUUGGCUCUGGCAUAUUGGAGGCACUAGCCAGAUAAUUGCGAUCUUGACAUCUGUUACUGUUGGCCUCAAACUCUUCCUACUCUUUCUCGAAUCCUCCGACAAAAGGUCGAUACUGCGCGAUGAAUACAAGGCCUAUCCACCGGAAGCAACCGGGGGGAUAUUCAACAGAAUAUUUUUCUGGUGGUUGAAUCCAUUAUUCCGGCAGGGUCUGUCGCAGUCUCUCGCGGUCGAAGAUCUUUUUGUUCUCGACAAACAACUAUCCUCAAAGCGUUUACACUUGGCUCUAGAAGCAGCUUGGAAUAAGGGUAUCUACGGAGCUUGA